AUGGGAGUUCGCUUGGCAGGAGUUGUACGCAUGAAGCACAUCCUUCAACAAUCUUUCCGGAACCAGCAGAGGGCGACGGCGUCGGCGGAUGUCCCGAAGGGCCACUUUGCGGUAUACGUCGGCGAGAUGGAGAAGCGGUUCGUCGUCCCUAUCUGCUAUCUGCACCACCCUUCCUUCCAAACCUUGCUUCAUAAGGCCGAAGAGGAGUAUGGAUUCGAGCACCCGAGAGGCAUGCUCAGAGUUCCAUGCGACGAAGAUGACUUCGCUACUCUCACUUCUCAAAUGACCGGCUCCUGA